GAGCCACAGGAGGGUGAUUUGACAGAAGAGGGGUGGACUGCAGUGGACAGGAUGCAGCUCUGGCGACAUGAUGCUAUGACACAUCACCUGCAUGAGAGAUCUGUUUAUUGGGGGGAUAAGAUGCUCAGCUGGAGAUACUGCCUAUUGUAG